AUGAGCGGGAUGCAGGCACCCUUCCAGGGGGGAGUCUCGAAUAUCUUCUCUACACCAACCGCACCUUUCUCAGCUCGGCAGCUGUUCCACAUAGCAGGACGUCCCGCGGAAAGCACUGUGAGUGGUGGGGGCUCCUUUACGCAGGAAGACCGACUAAUGUUGCAGCUGCUGUACCAGCAGCAACAGGCGUUCCAAAUUCAGUUGCAGUCGAUGGCGCUAUCACUACAGCAACUUUACAUGGCCAUUUCUGCGCUUCCUCAUCUAAAUGCUUCAACUACGAAGCAUGAUUCCGAGGACGCCAGUCAGAGCGCUCCGGUACACACCGCACUCUCUGCUUCUGUAGGGGCACCCCUGACAGCUGUAGACGCCCCCGUCACCUCUAGCAGUGUGCGUGGUAGGGCGGGUGAGCACAGGGAGGAUGCCGUGGUUACGGAGCGCCAACCUUCCACUGCACAACAUCAGGGGGAAGUAUCGCGCUCCUGCACACCGCCACCGGGGGAUUCUGAUGUGUCUCGGCAGAGCAUGAUGAAUCGCUCCUCGGAGUCCGCAGCUCCGUGGGAUCCUUCCGCUGGCUCUCGCCACAGUAGUGCCACCCGCGGCGUGCGUGGAGAAAACCCUCUAUUGUCGUCGCUGCGCGGUAAGCUACCGACACCAAACCGUUCGGCUAUCACCUCCACUUCUGUUGCUACGGGACACUCGGCGAGUAUGAAUGUUAGUGUUAAUCAAGAUGAUCCCAAACCAACGGCGCGGCCCACCGCGCGCAGCUCGACUUCGUCUGCCUCCCGUCUUGAUUAUGGUGCGCGUCAUGUGACGUCUUCAUUGUUUAGCUCUGCUCCUUCAGAGGAAAAACAUCAUCACCAGAGGGCGCGCAAGCGUAUCGUACCAAGCAGCCGUAAAGUGGACGCUUCACACGUCACCAGACGAGAAGAAGAAUUUAUACCACCGCACACUGGUACUUCAGGUUCUGGUCCCGUUGUUGGGAGCUCCGUGACUGGAGGAGUCAGUUGUGGCGAGGAAUUACAGUCGGUGAAAGGUUGGAACUCUUCUCGUGGUUGGAAUCAACCAGACAAGGAUGAAUUCGGUGAGACCAGCGCUUCCGUCACAGGUUACGACUCACAAAGUGACGGCUAUGGUAGCUAUGAAACUAGACAAUAUUUGAAGACUGUCGGCCUCAUAUAA